AUGUCCAAUUUCACCCUCGUCAAUGGGCAGUUAUACACGCCCGGGUUAGCCAUUGUCGAUUCGCCGCAGCCCAACACCCCGCUGGGAGGAGAUAACCUCCAGGUCGCCAUCGACGUCUCCGGUGAUGGCCAGCUUCCGUGGCCCCCGUCGAACGACUCGUCCACCACUUUCCACAGCAUCACCUUGUUCCUGACCUCGUAUGAGAAAUCCCUCAACUUCACCAUCUCCAACGGCACCGAGCCAGCACAUAACUCGACCGCAUACGUCGGUCCAGUUCUUACACUCGAACCCUCCUCGACCGUCAAACACGUCAACUGGAUCUGGCCGGCGUGUCUGGUAGGAAAUGGAGACUCUUCCUCCUCCUCCUCUGAUCGAGGCACAUAUAAUAUCACCAUGCACCAGUCCUUCCGAUGGAACGGGACAGACUACUAUACCGUCUUCGACUGGCCGAUCGAGGUGACGAACAGCAUCUCCGCCUCGGCAGACCGGGUCGACUGCGCGCUGCUGGAGAACAAGGUGCUCAGCGCCGAGACGGAGGCUGACAGUCCGGAUACCCUGCCUGCGCAGCCGUGGGUGCAGGCUGGUGUCAGCUCAUCGGCGUCAACGUCAACUGCAACUGGCUCCAGUGCGACUGCGUCAACUAGUAUUGGGUCUCGACGGUUCAGGGUUUCGUGGAGGAUGGUGUUGGUGGCGGUGGGGGUGAUGAAUUAUCUAUCUUGUGUCUAUUAA